GAGAGGUCCUACGCCAUUGGAUCAACGUCGUGUUGUCGAACCAUUAGUGUUAACUUAUCAGAAUAAAAUUACAAGAAACAAUAUCACGCAGAGCUGUCUCCGAACGUCAGUAACCGCUUGCUUGUGUAGUGAUAAAGCCGACUAAAAAACAGUUUAGUGCUUCUUGACAAGGCGAAACUACCGGAAACCCCAAGUGUUGCAGCAAACCUAAAUGCUCUGUCCUCCAACAAUGCGUCCGGCUAGUCCCGCCGAAUCCGAAAUCUCCGUGGGCGGAGCCCCCAGCCCGCUGCCCACGCAGCACCAUCCGAAUCAGCUGCAGCAUCCGCGGGCCAGCACCAUCGAUCUGCUGCAGCAGCAGCAAUUGCUGAUGCAGCACCAUGCUGCGGCCGCGGCAGCAGCAGCUGCAGCAGCCUCUGGACUCAGCCGGAGUGCCGUCGGCAAUCUGCCGGAGGAUUACUUCCAGCCCCUGAAGCGUCUGCGCAUGUCCUCGUCCUCCUCGGAGCCACGUGACCACACGCCUAGUCCGCCGCCACCAGUUCCAGAGUCCCAGAUUAACACCACCAAGUCGGCCAUCGAAGGCGUCAAGAGCUUCUCCAUUGCGGAUAUUCUGGGUCACUCGGAGAAGCAGCGCGAGGAGUCAGUUUCGCCGACUCCCAAUUCGAACCUCCUGGCUCCACCCGCUUCCCGGCAUGUGGCCUCAUCCGGCGGACUACUACAGCCUCGAACGGAACCCCUCGAAGUUCAUCCGGCUGCAGCUGCAAUGCUGUUGCCCGGCGGACAGAUUGUGCGGCCGUGGGAUCAUCUCCUGGGUCCGGCCAUGCCCGUGCGCCCCUUUAUCCCCUCCGCUCUACUGCACUACGAGCAGCGCCUGGCCCUAGACUACCACCGCCAGCUGCAGGAGCACUUCAACGCCCAGGCCCAGCUGCUGCGCCACAUGGGCAUGGAUAUUAUUCCGUCGGAGAGUGGGUCGGACCGCUCCAGUUCGGCGGCCAGCGACUGCUGCUCGCCGGAGAUAGCCAGGGACUCGGCGGCCGCUGCUGCCGCAUCCGCUGCCAGAGGAGCGGCGAGUAGUGCCAGCAAUGCGGCCGCCGUUGCCAAGGCCAAGGCCAACGGGACUCCUCUGGAUGCACUUUUCCAGAUGACCACCAAGGAUUUUGACGAGUCACAAGAUAAAUCCCAUUUGGACAUCUUCUCGAACCGGCCGCAGCCGAAGAAGAAGCGCAAGUCUCGUACCGCCUUCACCAAUCACCAGAUCUUCGAGCUGGAGAAACGAUUUCUCUACCAAAAGUACCUGUCGCCAGCAGAUCGCGAUGAGAUCGCCGCCUCUUUGGGAUUGUCUAAUGCCCAGGUGAUCACUUGGUUCCAGAACCGCAGGGCCAAGCAGAAGCGUGAUAUCGAGGAGCUGAAAAAGGACUUUGAUAGCGUCAAGGUUUUUUCCGCCCAUAAAUCCUUUUUGGAGAAUGUAAACGAUCUGAGCAUUCUGAAAAAGAAACCAAUGCACGAAGCGGAUAUGGUGGGAUUGGCCGCUGCAGCGGCCGCUGCCGGAAUGGUGGUUCCUGUGCCAGGAUCCGUUCCAAUGGGAGGGGCACCGCCCAAAUGAGAUGAUGGCCCGGUGCGCACCGAACCGCCAAGACAACCUAAUGAUUGGUACAGAAAGUGAGCAACGAGGAGUCGAGUAUUUUGUUUAAUUUUGAGUCGAGUGCCAGGGAAGUUGGGAACUUGAUUUUCACCCAACGGAUUUUCCCCGAGCAUUAGACGGCCAAAGGAAGUUCCAGGACACACCUAGCAGCUUCCAAGGCCAAAACAAAGAGGGCAAAGGCAACAUUCACUGCCAACCCCAAAAGGAGAAAAACCAGCCAGGACCAAGGCCUCUAUUUAGGCCCAUUAAACAAGCCAUAACAAUCAAAACCGGAAAAGAAAGUGGAAAUGGAAGCAGUCAAAACAAGACGUUGGCUCCAAAACCAGGAUCACAUCGA